UCCACUGCCCGAGCGCCCGCUCGCGCGGCUCCCACAAUGCACCGCACAAUGGCCCGACCGCCGCCACUACCGGGGCCUGAGAGGGCCUGGCGGAGCCCGAGCGCGGCCCGGCCCGCAGCGCGGGGCCCCGAGCGCGGUGAAGAGAUUGUUUUCUGAAGGCUGCGUUGGAGGCUGUGACAGAGCAGAGAGCCCGUGUGGAGCUGAUGGGGAGGCUUUCUGAAUAACAUGGCCCUUCGCCAUUAGCUUUGCCAUGACCACAUUUUUCACGAGCGUCCCCCCCUGGAUUCAAGAUGCAAAGCAGGAGGAGGAAGUGGGCUGGAAACUAGUUCCCAGGCCUCGGGGCCGGGAAGUGGAGAGUCAAGUGAAGUGCCAAUGUGAAAUCUCGGGGACACCCUUCUCAAAUGGGGAGAAGCUGAGGCCUCACAGCCUCCCCCAUCCAGAACAGAGACCGUAUAGCUGCCCUCAGCUGCACUGUGGCAAGGCUUUUGCCUCCAAGUACAAGCUGUAUAGGCACAUGGCCACACACUCAGCCCAGAAACCCCACCAGUGCAUGUACUGUGAUAAGAUGUUUCACCGCAAGGACCAUCUGCGGAACCACUUGCAGACACAUGAUCCCAACAAAGAGGCGCUCCACUGUUCCGAGUGUGGUAAGAAUUACAAUACAAAGCUGGGCUAUAGGCGCCACCUGGCCAUGCAUGCCGCCAGCAGCGGUGACCUCAGCUGCAAGGUGUGCCUGCAGACCUUUGAAAGUACCCAGGCCCUGCUGGAACACCUGAAGGCCCACUCACGCCGGGUGGCAGGAGGUGCCAAGGAGAAGAAGCACCCCUGUGACCACUGUGACCGGCGGUUCUAUACUCGCAAGGAUGUGCGGCGGCACCUGGUGGUGCACACAGGCCGGAAGGACUUCCUGUGCCAGUACUGUGCACAACGGUUUGGCCGCAAGGACCACCUGACACGUCAUGUCAAGAAGAGCCACUCACAGGAGCUGCUCAAGAUCAAGACGGAGCCAGUGGACAUGUUAGGCCUACUCAGCUGCAGCUCCACAGUCAGCGUGAAGGAAGAGCUGAGCCCUGUGCUGUGUAUGGCCUCUCGGGACGUGAUGGGGGCCAAGGCCUUCCCUGGCAUGUUGCCCAUGGGCAUGUAUGGUGCCCACAUCCCUACAAUGCCCAGUGCGGGUGUGCCACACUCCCUGGUGCACAACACAUUGCCCAUGGGGAUGAGCUACCCUCUGGAAUCUUCACCUAUCUCUUCUCCAGCUCAGCUUCCUCCAAAAUACCAGCUUGGAUCUACCUCAUACUUGCCUGACAAAUUGCCCAAAGUGGAGGUGGAUAGUUUUCUGGCGGAGCUUCCUGGAAGCCUGUCUCUCCCAUCCGCUGAACCCCAGCCCGCCUCACCUCAGCCGGCGGCAGCUGCAGCCCUCCUAGAUGAAGCACUGCUCACCAAGAGUCCCGCCAACCUCUCCGAGGCCCUCUGCGCUGCUAAUGUGGACUUUUCCCACUUACUGGGCUUUCUUCCACUCAACCUGCCCCCGUGUAACCCGCCCGGGGCCGCAGGAGGCCUUGUCAUGGGCUACUCCCAGGCUGAGGCGCAGCCUCUGCUCACCACUUUGCAAGCUCAGCCUCAAGAUUCCCCGGGAGCUGGGGGACCUCUGAACUUCGGGCCUCUGCACUCCUUGCCUCCUGUCUUCACCUCUGGCCUGAGCACCACCACCCUGCCUCGUUUCCACCAGGCAUUCCAGUAGCCCCCAAGGAGGCCCUAAGUUCACUCUUGGGCUCUGUCAGGGAGCCUCUGUACCCACCCCACCUGCACCCCCAUGAAGGCAGCUGAGCUUUCAGAGCUGGAUCAAAAAGAAAAAAUUCCAGUAUCUGUAUGGAGCACUUGGUUUGGGGGCUGAGGCUCCAGGUUCAGUUCUAGGAGGCACCUUGAGCCCCCAUCCCAUGAAAAAAAGAUCCUGUACCAUAGAACUUCAGGUAUUUUUACUUUUAUUUUAUCUGAAUCGGGAGCCACACUUAGCCCUCUCCCUCUCCAAAGAAUCAGAAUCUCCUUCUCUUUGGAGGAGGGGGAGGCCUCUUGGAGACACAGAGGGUUUCACUUUGGAUGACCUCAAGAGAAAGCCCAAGAAGCCCGCCUUCUGGUCCCAACCUGCAGCCCCCACAGCAGUUGGUCAGGCCGUGCUGCAGAGGAUCAUUUGACUCCGUCACCUGCUUCCCACCAAUGGGCAGGAGAGAGGGCCUCUGUUCCCACCACCCAUCCCUCCUGUACCAACACCUCCAUCUUCAGUCAGUGUUGUCCAGCAACGGUACCGUUUACACAGUCGCCUCAGACACCAUUUCACCUCCCUUGCCAAGCUGUUAGCCUUAGAGUGAUUGCAGUGAACAUUGUUUACACACCGUGAAUCCAUUCCCACCAGUCCAUUCCAGUUGGCACCAGCCGGAACCAUUUGGUACCUGGUGUUAACUGGAGCCCUGUUUACAAGGCGGAGUCGGGUCUCACUGACUUCUUCACUUGAGGUCACAUUUUUCCCCUGUGGGGAAAUAAACUGACUUUGGACUGCUUCAGUCUCUGCCAUCUUCCAUGACUAUCUGUUCCUGCCUUCCUCGGCAGUGGCUGCAGGAGACAGGCAAGAGGAUUGGAGCAGUUUUCUCACAGACCUGCGAUUCUGCUUUUCUCCAAGUACAUCAUGACCCCCUCACCCUCCUUUUGAAGUGGAGAGGGGAAGAAAUGAAAGGCAUGUCCACAUGGUUCUAUCACCUCCCCACUCCCUACCUUACUCUGAACAUCAUGAGCUGGUAUUAGUAGUCUUGGAAGGAGGGACUUGGGUUUGAGGCUGGUGUGGGUAGUAAAGGAGAGGGUGUGAACCCCUCAUUUAUCUUUUUCCUGCUUGUCCCUUUUCCAGGAAGUUGUGGAAUUGUUGGAAGAAGAGUUUUCAGAGAGUUAGGAUAGGGCAGAUAGUAGAGUCCUAAUCUAUGGGCACAUCAUUUUCUCCCAUACCAAACUUUUUUCUUAAUUACCACGUCCCUUCUUUCUUCUCUACCUUGUAGUCCCUGUGGACUCAGGGCUCCUGAGCAUAGCCUUCUCUGCUCUCCAUCAAAGAACUUCCACCUUCCUCUUGUGGGGCUCUCUGCCACAGACACACAGCCCUUGCCCAGCUGACCCCCCACCCUGCUUGAUCUCCGUUGUGCAUGGGCUUCUCUUCUUACUCCUGGAAGGGAGGCGCUCAGAGACCACCAGUGUGGGACCCUCUUGAGACUCCUCCACUCUGAUUCAGAAACACACUUCUACCUCUUUACUGUUAAUUCCUACACACGCAGCCAGCAGUUUCCAGGCACUGCUCUCAGUGGGUGCCUCAUGCUGGCUUCUCCACUAGGGUUUCAGGACAAACUACCAAGGAGCUGCCUCAGCCUCCUCCCAGCCCUCCCCCUCUUCCUCCCCCUUCUGUCUAGAAAUCACUUUGGUUUAUCAUCAGGUCCAAGACCCAGGCUUCUGCCUCAGCCUAGGCAAGUACUCUGAGGUGAAAGCCUUAAAACAUAGCUCUCCUGGCCCUUGAUUGGAAGCAAUGUGGAGUGCGUGAGCAUGUUUUGAUUUUAGGCAGGGUAGCUUGGAUACCUUUAAAAAAACAAAACCAGUUAUAAAAAUGUCUGGCAAGGUUAGGAUCAGACUAGGUGAUUUGCUUCUAAGUAUUAGUUUCAGUGAGUCCCAGGGACUAAUUAAGGUUUAUUUUUAGCGUCCACCUUGGUACGCAGCCACCUCCUGCAUGCUGUGCAUGUUACUGGGACUGGUGUUAUAGGAAAUGGUAAGUGAGGAUCCAAGCAGGCCUCAAUGCAGCCGUUCUCCUAAUUGUCUCUGGUCUUCAUCACUAGACCCUGUAACCCUUCCCCUGCUCCCUGCCGCUGUCCCUGUCCCCCUUCAUUUACAGAGACAAAUGGGCCUCUAGCCACAGAAAAUAAAGUCUUUGGGCGUAGAGGAGUCCCCUCCUCUUUGCCUGUUCUUUCCUGUCCCUUCCUUGAAUUCUCCCCCAUUAGUGACACUGGGAAACUCAUAGGACAGGCAAAGCAUCUAUUUAAAACCUUGUAACUGGGGACUUGCCCCCACUCCCCUCCCCUACCAUCUUUCCUGCCCCUUCUCUUCCGUCAGUGCCCUCACCACCCACAAAGAAUUUACCUAUCACUGUGAACUUCGCUGGUACAGAGGAACAUCUGCCUUCACCUUUUUUGGACCAUAACUACCCAGUCAUUUCUUAAACCUCUCUUCCCAAAAUUUAAAAAAAAAA